AUGGAAUAUGUGACAACUCCAAGUGUUGCGCAGCCAAAGCACACACGGGCAGAACGGCGAGACUCACCUGAGCACAGGGCUGUAGGGGCUGCGAGAGCGGCGCCAGCUGCUGCUGCUGUAGGGACUGGGGGACACGUCGCCGCCCCGCUCAUAGGAGCUGUGGCGGCUGUAGCUGGGGGAGCGGCGGCGGCUGUAGGGGCUCGGGGAGCGCGGCAGCCGCCGGGAAUAAGGGCUGCUGCCACCUCCUGCUGGGCUGGGGGACUUGCGGCUCCUCAGGCUCUGAGAGGCCCUGUGGGACACCGGGCUGUCGUCCCGGCCUCCCAGCGGGCUCAGAGACCGCCGCCGCCUGUAGGCCUUGGGCUCGGUCUUGUCCUCCCGGUAGGCCUUGGGCGGCUCCUUGUAGGCCGAAGGCGGCUCCUUGGACGACUUAGUCCGGCUGCGGUGGACCUUCGAGUCCCGGUCCUUGCGGCUGCUACUGCUGCUGGACGUGGCCGAGGCGCUUUUCCGGCGGCCACCGCUGCUGCUGCUGCUGCCGCUCUUGGCGGCCUCGGCCCGUUCCUCGCCGCUGUGGCUGUGGCGGCUGCGGGACUUAGAGGCCUCGCUGCCGCCGCGCUGCCCAUCCCGCCGCCGGUGCUCGCGGUGGCGCUCCUUGCUUCGACCGCUGCUGCUGCGGCGGUCCCGGCGGGCAAGAGGAGGAGGCCGCGGCGGCGGCGGCUGCGGCGGCGGCCGUGCCGGGAGCAGCCAGGAAGAGCAGAGGCGGCGGGGGCGGCGGCGGUUGCAGGAGCUGCGGCUGCAGGAGCGGCAACAGCAGUGGCGGCUGCUGAGGGGACAGGAAUCGCCUCCGCUUGCGGCGUUCCUCCAACUUCUUCUCCGCCCAGCUCAGACCCCCGCCUCCCCCCAGCGCCGUGUCCGAGCUGCUCGGCAUCGCCUAGAGCCCGCCGCAGAGCGCGGCGCGGGUGCGGCCUCCUCCCGGGUCAGACCCUGGCCAUCUCCCCCGCCGGAAACGGGAGCGGCGGCGGAGGGACACCGAGCACCAGGGCCGGCCGGGAGACGCGCCACGAUAAUCCGGGUCGGGACUCGAGUCCCUGGAUUCCAGGUCACAGUGGGGUACGCAGCGGCCUCCGGGCCUCAGGGAAGCAGGAAUCCAGGCGGCGGAGCUCCCGAUCGCGCUCGUCGUCCUAUUCGCGGCAACGAAAACACCAGAUGCGCCGGGCGCUGACCUGCUGGGCAGUCCCGAGUCCUCCAAGUGCCCCCGGGGGUGGGGGAGCGGCCUCGGCCGCGCUCUCGGCUCGGGCAGCGCAACGCGGAAGUACCACCUUCGUCUCCGCUUCACUCCAUCGCGCCCUGACGUUGGGUGCGAGUUCAGGGGAGGGGAGUGGGCGAGACAACAGCACGCCUCCACCGCCUCCUCCUCGGCGUCGACGUCGUCCUCCUGUGGUGGCGGCGACACACCGCAGACGCCUCGCAAGUGGCCUGGGCCUGACAACAACUCCCAGCCUAGGACCUCGCGCACUCUGCGGCCCGCGGGGCUGGGCGGCGGGGCGGGGCGAGGCGGGGGCGACCCGGCUGCGGCUCACGGUUGGGGCAGCGAGUGUGCGGGGCUGGGCGGGGGGCUAUUUCCGGGGAGAUGGGGGCGGGGGCGUUUCUGAGUCUGUGGCGGUGGGUACGGGCCCUGACUUUCUUCUUCCUUCUCCCCCGCCGUCGCGAGCAGAGGUGGCGGAGCUACCCCUUUCCUCCGUUCCCCCCCUCCACGAGGAGGCUCUUGGCGUGCGCGGCCGGCCCCUCCUCGCUCCUCCCCUUCCCUCUUCGCUCCUCGUCAGUAGGAGGGAGAGCAAUGGGACUAGCUGGUUGGGCCCUAACCUCCACAACCCCUCCUUCUCGCCUAGCUGGUUCGGCUUUUCGCUUCAGCCCCGACGCACGACCGGGAGCGCGCACGCACGUCACGCUCAGCGAAAGCCCAAGAUGAGUGGUGGCGAGGCAAGAGAGGCGGGAACAAAGUUGCCGCGCAGUGGCGUGCUCGCUCCCGCCAGGGACCGGCCGGCCGCACCGGAAGUGGCAUGUUGUAGCAGCCGCUCGACUUCCGGCGAGGGUGGGACUCGGUAUGAAGAAGGGUUAAAGAAAGGAGAGGUUUCGUGCACCGCCCACUGCUGUUGCUUGAGACUCUCCCCGUGGCGGCGCGCGAGUCGUGCCUGUUGCUUGCGUCCAGCGCGCAGUGCCGUUCUGGCUCUCUGCAGACGCCGCACUGCCUGCCUGUUAAGCGAAAGGUCACAGUGAGAGCAAGUAUAUCUGGAGACUGUGAGGGAAAUAAUGCUGUUGGUGGCCUUCUGGGCUGGGCAGUCACCCCGUCGUCUACCUUCAGUCAAGCCCGGGGAGUGGAACGGCUGCGAAAAAAGAGAAGACACCCCGCAAAACAGGGCGGAGAUGGCGUUGAUUUAACUUGUCUCACGUACACCAAAGUUCGAGGCCCCAUCUUUUUUUUUUUUUUUUUUGAGACGGAGUUUCGCUCUUGUUAGCCAGGCUGGAGUGCAAUCUCGGCUCACCGCAACCUCCGCGAGGCCCCAUCUCAUCCUAAAAAACACACUUGAGAAUCAUAGCUCAAGCCUCGGUAACACUGUUUACUUUAAAAUAAAAAAUUUUUAGGCCUUAAAUCAAUAGAGGGAAUAAGUGGAAUGUUAAAAGAACUCCUGAAAAUUCCAUAAUUUAUCAGGGGCCUUGAAAACAAAACAUCUUGUUCGAAUGAUGAGACUGCCCUCUUAGUACUUCACCCACUGUCACCUUAAUAUCCAAACAUCUGAGGUUGCCAAACAUAGCUAUAUGUGACCUCAUGUCUCAUUUCUUGCCUUAGAAUUGCCCUUCAGUUACAGACUGAGCACUCAGCAUAAUUAGAUUAAAAUCUAAAUGGUUUAUUGGCUUGUACAAUGGUUGGAAAGGCAAGCCAAUCCGGCGCAGUGGCACAAGCUUGUAGUCACAGCUACUCCUGAGGCUGGGGCAGGAGGAUCGCUGGAGCUCAAGAGUUCGAGGCUGCAGUGAGCUAUGACGGUGCCACAGCACCCCAGCCUGGGCAGUCCGCAGGGCCCUGCCUCUAAAAAAAGAAAAAGCUAAGCCGUCUGUUCAAUGACUACAUGUAGUCACCCCUUUGAGAAUAUAUUUGUUCAGAUCAUCAGUUGGUUUAGUUCUUAAACACUUCGUAUUUAUCCAUCAUUAAUACCUUAGUGUAAAUUAUUUUAGUCAGCUUGACUUAGUAUCACAGACUGGACUGAUCUAAGAUCAGACUUCACUGGCAGAAUACAAAGGAUGUUUGUUUGCUGAAGGAUAGAGGAGAAGGCAAAGGAAUAGGUAAUAUCUUAAAGUCAGUGCAUUUCCCAGGAGGGCAGGCCUGGGUGGGUCACACCAUGGGACAGGCAUUAGGAAACUGAAUAGAAUACUUUUCUAUUCAGUUUUAGGGGCAGGAUGCCCAAAACAAAUUUCUCGUUAGCAGUAUCAUUGAGUGAAGGUCCUGUAGCCAGCCUCCUAACAGACUGUUUAGCAAGUGGCUUUUUCAGAAACAUGUAGGUUCAACCUAUUCUGUCAUCCUACAUUAAAUGGCCUGGAAUAACAGAACAAAGAGAGCAAAUAAGAGGUUUAGCUUGCAGCUCCCCACAUCUACAACCAGUUCCACUUGAGAAUGUUAUCUUCUAUCAUAUACUUUCAAAGAAAAUUUGAUUAUAGUAAAUGGAUAAUUCCCAUGGGUAAGUGUAUUAAUGGAGUUUAAAAAAAAAAAAAAAAAAGGUAAAUGGAUAGUUCCCAAUCCAAGAUGCAAACAAAAAACAUGUACUAAAAUAUUUUUACUGUGAUUCUACCACCCACAUGUUUCCUCAAAGAGUCUAUCGUUGGUGGGGGAGGGUGAAUGAAGCCUUUUGAACUCUGGAUACCUGCCCAUGUGGCUGGAAACACUAAUAAUUAAUAGGAUUCAAACUCCAAAAAAUGGCAACGACCUUUGAAUUAGAAGCUGUGUCUGUCUAGAAGCAAGCCUGUCUGCUUGCCUGAAUAUUAAAGAGAUGUGAAAUU